GAUAGAACAACACGCAAUUUUGUAUAAACGCCGUCUGGGUUACCUGUUUCUCUGGACUCUUGACCUAGUAGACCGAAAAAGAGAAGACUGAUCACUCGUGUCUACUCAGAAGUUCGUUCCGUUUCCACUAUCGAUUUCAGUCAAACAGUUUUUGAAGUUCAAUAAAAAUACAGAGAAAAAAAAGAAUUCUCUCUUUGAACUUGCUCUCGAAUAGAAGAACUCGACUCUCAUCUUAUCUCAUAAAGGUUACGAAGAUUCAUAACUGACUGAUGGCAAUGAGGGGUCUUAGCGGAGGAAUUAAUAUGGGACGUCUGAGUCGAAUGAUGGAUUCUUGCAGCAAGGAUUUAACCACAGCUGAAGAUAUCGUUGAUCAUCUCCGCUCCACCACCCGUGAGUAUGAGAGGUCGAAAAAGAAUGCGCUUCUAAUCAACGUCAGAAAAAUCCUUAAAUCCAAGCGCCUCAAAGAAGAAGAAGAAGAAGAAGAAGAUGACAACAGUGGCGACCAGGGCAAGAGGAAGAAACAGAGGACAAACAAGGAGCGGCCAGUGUCUUCUUCUUCUUCUGAAGAAGACACUGGUGAAGUCUCCACUUCUGAGGACGCCGUAUACAGCGAGAAGUUGAGUCCGCCGCGGUUUGAUUUGACCAGUAACAGCGUAAGAGAUGGCUACGCUAAGCUGAACACCUCCUCCGAGAAACCAAUCAACAAAGUUGGUAGUAGCAGCAGCAGCAAGAUGACUACUACCAUGGGGUUGUUGAGAAAGGAGGCUAAGGUCUCUCGCUCCUCCGUGAGUGGGAGUACUGGUGAUGUCGAUUCGGAAGCUGUCGAGGGGAGUAACGGACCUACUUUUAAAGAUUUUGGUGGGAUAAACGAAGUGUUGGGUGAACUGAUGACUAAUGUUCUGUUCCCGCUUCUCAAUCCUCCACCGUUUAAGAAGAUGGGAGUGAAGCCGCCGAGCGGGAUCCUGUUCCACGGACCACCUGGCUGUGGAAAGACCAAGCUGGCUAAUGCUAUAGCCAAUGAAGCUGGUGUUCCCUUUUAUCAGAUCUCAGCCACCGAAGUGGUCUCUAGUGUUUUUGGUGGUUCUGAAGAGAACAUUAGAGAGCUCUUCUCUAAAGCAUAUAGGACUGCGCCUUCCAUUGUGUUUAUAGACGAGAUCGAUGCGAUUGGUUCAAAGAGGGAAAACCAGCAAAGGGAGGCGGAGAAGCGGAUCGUGACGCAGUUAUUGACUUGUAUGGAUGGGCCUCGUAACAAGGGCGAUGAUAAUAGUGCUGGUUACGUCGUUGUCAUUGGAGCUACUAAUAGGCCUGAUGCUCUUGAUCCUGCCCUGAGGAGAAGCGGGCGGUUUGAGUGUGAGAUUGCUCUGAGAGCUCCAGACGAAGAUGCUAGGGCUGAGAUACUCUCUGUUGUGGUCCGAAGACUUAGACUAGAAGGUUCCAUUGACUUGAGAAGGAUAGCUCGUUUGACGCCUGGUUUCGUCGGAGCUGAUUUGGAAGGUGUGGCUAACAUGGCUGGCAGAAUAGGCAUCAAGAGAGUUAUGGAUUCAAGACAAUGUCAACUCUCUGGGGAUGGGGAUGGGGAUGGCCUAGAUGAUAAAUCUUGGCUGAGGCAGCCCUGGUCGGAAGAGGAUUUGGAACAGCUCUUUGUCAGAAUGUCUGAUUUUGAGGAAGCAGUGAAGUUAGCUCAGGGAUCUUUAACUAGAGAAGGAUUCUCUAUCGUGCCUAAUGUCACGUGGGACGAUGUUGGUGGACUUGACCAUCUACGGCGUGAACUCAACAAAUACAUAGUCAGACCCAUCAAACAUCCUGAGGUUUACAAGGGUUUUGGAGAGAAGUUAGAGACAGGUUUCUUGCUCUAUGGACCACCGGGUUGUGGAAAGACUUUGAUUGCAAAGGCAGUUGCAAACGAGGCAGGAGUUAAUUUCAUAUACAUUAAGGGUCCAGAAAUUCUAAAUAAAUACGUUGGAGAAAGCGAGCUUGCUAUUCGGACGCUGUUUCAACGCGCCAGGACAUGCGCGCCAUGUAUUCUCUUCUUUGAUGAGAUGGAUGCUAUGACAACAAGUCGUGGCAGAGAAGGUUCAUGGGUCGUUGGAAGACUUUUGAACCAGUUUCUUACUGAGCUGGACGGUGGUGAAGAGAGGCGUGAUGUAUACGUAAUCGGAGCUACAAACAGGCCAGAUGUGAUUGAUGCAGCAUUACUGAGACCUGGUAGGUUUGGGAAUCGUGUGUACGUACCUCUUCCUACUGCAGAUGAGCGUGCUUCAAUUCUAAAAGCUAUCGGAAAGAAGAAACCCAUAGAUCCUAGUGUUGACCUGGAUGCCAUUGCAAAAAUGAACUGUGAUGGUUUCAGCGGAGCUGAUCUCGCUAACCUGAUGGACAAAGCUAUACACCUGGCAGUAGAGGAGAAAUUCAGGUCCAUUGAAUCGUCUGAAGGUGAUGGUGUUAUUGAUUCAAGUGAGUGUGUCAUCAAGGUGACUCAUAUUCAGCAAGCCGUCUCCUUGGUUUCGCCGUCUGUGAGCAAACAGCAAAUAAAACACUACGAGGAGCUACGAGAUAAGCUACAAAGAAGCGGAUGAAGAAACAACAUGGAACAAAUCACCCAUGGAAUCAUCUUUUGGCCUUGAGGAAUAAAAACAUCUCUAUCCCAUUUUUCCCAGGAGAUAGAUACUAUUUUUUUUUUUAAAUAUGUAAUCAGGUUUUCCAAGUUCAGACAUGUAAUGGUAGGAUCUAGGAUGGUCAAAUUUUGUUUCCAACAAGUGUUCUCAUCAGA